AUGGACACGAAUCCGGAUAUGACGCAUGUGUAUGUCAUGUACUCGAUCCUUGGCGGCUUUGUUAUCUCCUUUGGGCUGGUCUCGCUGGUUGUCAAGGAUCGAUUAUUCUUGAGCGACGCACUCGUCGCCACGAUUCUCGGAAUCAUCAUUGGCCCCAUAUGUCUCAACAUAUUCAACCCUGAAGCUCUCUUUGGCAAGGACUCGCUAGACGGCGUCACUCUUGAACUCUCACGAGUCGUCAUCGGUAUACAAGUCAUGGCUGCUGGUGUGUCUCUCCCCGGCGACUAUCUAUGGAGAGAACGAGGACCCCUCUUUUGGCUGCUUGGACCGGUCAUGAUCUAUAUGUGGGUUGUAACUGCAAUAGGCAUAUAUCUCAUAUGCGGAACUAGUGUGCUAGAGGCACUGACUAUCGCUGCAUGUGUGACGCCAACCGAUCCAGUGUUAUGUAACUCGAUUGUCAAGGGUCGGUUUGCGGAGAAGCGGGUGGCAUUGUCUGUACGGCUCCUGUUGUCUGCUGAGAGUGGUGCCAAUGAUGGAUUGGGCUAUCCCUUUCUCUUUCUGCCACUGUUUCUGAUGAAAUACUCGACUGCUGGGGAAGCCAUUGGACAAUGGAUUGCACGUGUAGUCCUGUAUCAGAUCGUCUUGUCGGUAGUCGUCGGGAUUCUAGUCGGAGCUGUAGCCCGUAAAGCUCUCAAGCAUGCUACCAAUCGUCAGUGGAUUGAUAAAGAGAGCUUCUUGGGGUUCUCGAUUGCUUUGGCUGUAUUCUUGAUGGGCACCAUGUCAUUGGCAGGCAGUGACGAUAUUUUGGCUUGCUUUAUCGCUGGGAAUGCGCUUACUUGGGAUCAAUGGCUAAACGAACGCAUUGAACAGACCUUCUUCCAAGAAGUUUUAGACUCGCUGUUUAACUUGUCGUAUUUUGUAUUUGUUGGAGCUCGGAUUCCAUGGUAUAUGUACACCAUGUAUUACGACCAAAUCAGCUAUUGGAGGAUGAUACUUUUGGCUCUCUGGGUCUUGGUGCUGAGACGUGCACCUAUCCUAAUGGCUGUUUAUAAACUGGUACCUACGUUAAAAACUCCAAUGGAGGCCUUCUUUGCUGGGUUCUUUGGACCAAUGGGUGCCUCGGCAUUAUUCUACGCUAUGGUCGCCAAAAUAUACCUCGGAGACACACUACCCAUCUUAUUCCCAAUAGUUGACUUCAUGGUUCUAUCAUCCGUAGUCGUCCAUGGAGUCAGCGUCCCCUUCUUCCACCUCGGUUUGCAACGUGCCGAAACAUACACAUCAUGGUCUCGCGGCCGCCGCACAAACUACUUUAUGCCCUCCUUCGAACCAUACGUCCCACAAUUCUUCCGCCCAUUCGCCAGAUUCGUAGUCGGGCACGAUCACGUCUUGACACCACCAGGCACACCAUUUGAAUUGAGUAGAGAAAACUUGAAUGAUGUCGAAGACAAUCCUGCAUUGAAUAAGCCUGUGGGGGCUCGUAGUAUUGCUGAUGAGGUAAAUGAAGAGGUGGAGAUUUUGUCUACUGCUACGACUCCUCCAUCGCCUACGUCCACGUUAUCAAAAAAGUCGCCUUUGUCGCCGAGGAGUAAACGCGUCACGCAUGCUAUAGAUGGUGGUGCUUCAGAUGCUGAUACGGGGGAUUUGAGUACGUUGCCGUUGAGUCAGAGUGAUACGGAUCGGAGUGGAGCUGUGUCGUUGACACCACAUAAUAAUCAGUAG